GAUAAGUGAGGUUAAAAGCGAUGUACACAUUUUUUCAAAAAAAUAUCUCCACUUUAUCUUUUUCUAAUUAACUCAUUUCAUUUUAUAGGAUAAUUAACAUGUGAAACUUAUCAGUGUCAAUUACAACUUCAUCAUGAACUGGUACAAUCUUUUUUUGACUGUCGCCUUUAUUUUCUUUCUAUUUUGCUACAUUCCCAUUACAAUAAAGAAGACUUCUAACAGUCACGGCGAUUUCAAUCGUUUCUUAGAACGUUACAAUAAAACUUACGACGAUGACAAGCAGUAUCAGGAGCACUACGCCGCCUUCAAGAAUUCAACGGACAGCAUUGCUAAGCUAAACAAUAAUCGUAAAAGUAAACUUAGUGCCUUAUACGGUUUGACGAAAUUCUCCGACAUGACCGAGUCCGAAUUUAAAGACAGAUACUUGCAGUCAGACUUGCCGACGAGGAUUACGAAUCGUAAGUUGAGACGUAGCCGGGACGGGGGUCGUCACAAGCACCAUCACAGAAACAAAAGAGCGACUACUACAACUAUUCCUCUUAAGUUCGACUGGCGUGAAAGAGGAAUUGUUACGAAAGUGAAUAAUCAAAAGAAAUGCGGCGCUUGCUGGGCUUUUAGCACCGUUCAGAAUAUGGAGUCGAUGUACGCCCUUAAAUAUAAAAAUUUGACUAGUUUAAGCGUUCAGCAAGCGAUUGACUGUGCGAGGUAUGAUAAUGACGGCUGCAAUGGAGGGGAUGAUUGCACUUUUUUGCAGUGGCUGAAGGAUUACAGUGUGAAAGUGUAUUCUGACAGUACGUAUCCUCUCCACUUAAAAAAUGAGGUGUGUAAAUUGAACAAUGAUAGCUUUUUUGUACAGGUCGACAAAUACGCUUGUGACAGUUUCGUGGACGACGAAGCUUAUAUUGUACAAGCAAUCGCGACAAUCGGGCCGGUUGCAGUCGCCGUGAAUGCGAUAAGUUGGCAGCACUACGUAGGAGGCAUCAUACAGUUUCAUUGUGGAGGAGACUUUGAUUUGCUAAACCAUUCCGUGCAGCUGGUCGGCUAUGAUUUAACGGCAGAUAUACCGUACUAUAUUGCUCGUAAUUCCUGGGGGGAAGAUUUUGGGGAUAAGGGAUAUUUAUAUUUAGCUAUAGGUGAUAACUUGUGCGGAUUAGCUAACGAAGUAUCUGCAUUAACUGUUUUGUAGUCAUCACCUGUGAUAUUUUGGCAUUUGUUUUUGUUUUAUUAUUAAAAUAGUAGGUAAUGUU